UUUCUGGGCAGGCAUGCGACGUGGCUGUGCGGUUUCCUUUUAACUCUCUCUCUCACUCUCUUAUUCUCUCCCUCUUCCGAAACCAGUAAUCCAUCCGCCAUGGCCGCCGCCGUAGCCUCCUCCCCAGCUCCCGUAAAACCUCACAACCCUUGCUGUUCAUCAGUUAACUUCAGAAGUGCGUUCUCCAAAAGUUUGAUCACUAACAACUUCCAGAAAGUGAAGAAAUGGAACCGUUUCCAUCUCCAAAGGCUGCAGCUCUCUUCUGCUGCUGUUAAUGAUAAUGCAGUGACUGUAACCGAAUCCCCCCGUUCUGCCAUUCGUUCUACGGUGAAGCGACAUACUAUAUCUGUGUUUGUCGGUGAUGAAAGUGGAAUAAUAAACCGAAUUGCGGGUGUCUUUGCUAGGAGAGGUUACAACAUUGAGUCCCUUGCUGUUGGAUUGAAUAAGGAUAAGGCUCUCUUUACCAUUGUUGUUAGUGGAACAGAAAAUGUCUUGAGACAAGUUGUGGAGCAGCUAAACAAACUUGUCAAUGUUAUCAAGGUGGAAGAUAUCUCAAGAGAGCCCCAAGUAGAACGUGAGUUGGUGCUUAUGAAACUCAAUGCAGAUCCAAGUACUCGUGCUGAGAUAAUGUGGUUAGUAGACAUCUUCAGAGGAAAAACUGUGGAUAUUUCAGAACAUUCACUGACUAUUGAGGUGACCGGAGAUCCUGGAAAGCUGGUUGCCGUCGAAAGAAACUUCAGCAAGUUUGGAAUUAGAGAACUUGCUAGAACCGGAAAGAUAGCACUGAGAAGGGAGAAAAUGGGGGAGACAGCUCCCUUUUGGAGAUUCUCAGCGGCUUCUUAUCCUGAUCUUGAAGAUUCGAGGCCUAUUGAUGCCUUUACUGGGGAUGCAAUUCAAUCACUCAAUGGCAAUGGCCUUGCCUCCUCAACUGGAGAUGUAUAUCCUGUGGAGCCGUACGAAAAUUUUCAUUCAAAUCAAGUUCUUGAUGCUCACUGGGGUGUUCUCUAUGAUGAAGAUUCGAGUGGUCAUCAAUCCCAUACCUUGUCUAUGCUAGUGAACGACUAUCCUGGUGUUCUCAAUGUUGUCACUGGGAUUAUUUCUAGAAGAGGUUAUAACAUUCAGAGUCUUGCUGUAGGACCUGCAGAAAGUGAGGGUUUAUCACGUAUCACAACUGUUAUUCCUGGAACUGAUGAGUCAAUUGGAAAGUUGGUUCAGCAGCUCCAUAAACUAGUUGACCUUCAUGAGGUGCGGGAUCUCACUCACUUGCCAUUUGCUGAGAGAGAGUUAAUGUUGAUAAAAAUUGCAGUAAAUGCUGCUGCCAGAAGGGAUGUCCUUGAUAUUGCUGAAAUAUUCCGUGCAAAAGCUGUUGAUGUGUCUGAUCAUACAGUUACUCUUCAGCUCACUGGCGAUUUAAACAAGAUGGUCGCAUUGCAGAGAUUGCUGGAGCCAUUUGGGAUAUGCGAGGUGGCAAGGACAGGAAGGGUGGCGUUAGGAAGAGAAUCAGGUGUCGACUCAACUUACCUGCGUGGUUAUGCUCUUCCAAUCUAAUUCCCGAAAAUCCAUUUUCUUUCUGGCGAUUCAAUUGAUAUAUUGUAGGCUGGAUGGCUUUGGUUUGGAUUUUGAUUGAAAAUGGAGUUCUUUGAAGCACAAACUCAAGACUUCAAAGUUGAUGGGGUGGAAGAUGGUUUCGAUUCUGUUGCAAGAUUGUGCAUCUCACCCAACCAUAAAUUUGAGGCAUCUUACUUGUAUUGUAACCCUUGUUGACUUAACAAGAUUUCUAAAUUAGUUUGUUAGAUAAGUGAUGAGUGGUGAAAGUACAAUGUUGCUGUUUACCCAAAGUGUAUUUUUUUUUGGGAGUAAAAUGGUAAGUGUAUUUUUGGCUGUUAAAGAAGACGUUAUUGUGUAACCAAAAAACGGGACGGGGUCUGUUUGGUAUCUUAUCCAGAUUCAAUUUUUUGUUUUCAGAUUUCUAGAUCA